AUGUCGCGCAGAGUGCUCUCGCUCUCUGCGCUCGCACUGAUCAUCGCACAGCAUGUAUUCGCACUCCCUCGUCCGGCUACAGUCGAUCUCGCAGCAGACUCGGGCCUUGUUGAGCGUGCAGACGUACUCGACACUCAGCUCGCAGCUUCCCGUCGUCUCGAACAGCGCCGUGCCAUCGAUGCCCUCAAGGCAUGGCAGUCUUACGACCAUCCCUUGCCUCACUGCAAGAUCGAUGGCUCAUGCGAUGUGCCCGGCACUCGCUCGACAGUCGAUGAUCUGCACAUCGAUGCCCGCAAAGACUCUCCCCUGGCUCCUUACGAGGCUGUCGAAGCCAAUGCCAUCAAGCGCUCGGAGACCUUGAACGAGCGCGAGCUCGCAAAGGAACAGACAGAGCGCAACCAACGUCGCCUCGUCUACUGCAACACUCCUGCUGCCUGCACUGUCCACGACUCGCACUCGGCCGGUGAAGAUGAAAAGGGUCAUCAAGUUUUCGCCCGCUCGGAUCACACUGAACGCGAGACCACUGCCCAGCGCGACGCAGCAACUAGCCCAGCUGCCACAGCAUUCGAGCCUGGCACAGAGUCGCUUCGUGGCUUCCCUGGACAUGGCUGGCGCGAGACAGACUCACAGAGCGAACGCGUGAUUCAUGGCAUCCCACCGAUCGGCUGGCGUAGAUCACUUCAGCAUGAAGACCACGGAAGGACCCAUUCUCCCGCUACCCUCGAAUCCGGAGCGGAGUCGCUUCGCGGCUUCCCUGGACACGGCUGGGGCGCGGCCUCGCAGAGCGACCGCACGAUCCCAGACAAAUGGCCACCUAUGGGCUGGCGCAGAUCGCUCGAGCGUGAUGAAGACUUUGCGAAGCGUCAAGAGGCUAAGCUCGGAUCGGCUCGCUCCUCUCUCCCAGUCGCCCCUGAUGCGAACUCGCUCCGCGGCUUCCCUGGACACGGCUGGCGCGAGACGGACUCACAGAGCGAACGCGUGAUUCACGGUUCUCCACCGAUCGGCUGGCGUAGAUCACUUCAGCAUGAUGAAGACUUUGCGAAGCGUCAAGAUGAUGGAAUCGAGUCAACCGACUUUUCUGCUACCUUCGAAUUUGGCACAGAGUCACUUCGUGGUUCACCCGGACAUGGAUGGCGCAAGACAGACUCCCAAAGCGAUCGUACUAUUCCAUCGAAGGGCUGGCGUAGAUCGGUCGAGUCGGGUGAAGGCCUUAUGAACCGUCAAGUUGGCGGAUAUGGAUGGACACGCCCAGACAAACGCGACAACGCCAUUCUCGCUGAUCUCAAAGCCCGCAGCCUGGACAAUGCUCAGGCUGAUACCCUUGCUGCUAUGAGCAAGCGUCAGCAGGUCCAGUCUGAACACGCCGCGUCGACCCGUCGCGCAGCAUCGAGCACGUCUGCGGCUGGCCUCAAGCGUGACCUUACGGCAAUCCAUGGCGAUCUUUCGGAGGCUUCCCUUGCCGAGCGCAUCAGACGUGAGCGCGCGGAUAUCCAGAUGCAGUCCCGCGAACAGACUGCAACGCUCUAUCGUCUGCUCAAACGCAACGAAGCCUGGACUGACUCCGCAGAACGCAGCAAUGACGCCGUGAUCCAGUAUCUGAUCAAGCGUGAACUGGACAGCAAGACGUUACACGAGCGUUACCUCGCUUUGUCAGACAUCCUCGAGCGCGCUCAAGCUUCAUCCUUGUCCUCGGAAACGCUUGAUCUGCUUAAGCGUGAGGUCGAUUUUCAGAAGAUGCGCAAACGUAAUAUCGAUUAUUCCUCGACCAGUCAUCCUGACGAGCGCGACUUUAUCGAAGAUGAAGAGAAUGACGAGCAAUAG